AUGAUGUCUACUCUGUUCAAUUUUGCCAAUAAAGAGAAUGCUGCCCAUUUAUCUGCAAAAGCAGCUCCUAAAACACCAGGUAAAAAAUCCACAAUAUUCAAAGAUAACAAGAACAUCAAUAAUGGGAAUAAACUUCAAGUAUUAAAAGACAACUUCAAGACUCCAACAAAUAAUAAUGAAGUGAAGAAGAGAAUCCCUUUGGGUGGAAAAGAUAAGAAUGUUAACGCUGCACAUCAUACUGGUAAGAAAUUAGGAUUUGGAUUGAAUGAUUAUCAUAACAAUAGAGAAUUAAAUUUAUCUUCAUCUGCAUCUAAGAGAAGAAUAAGAAGAUUGAAAACGCCUAUGAGUAAUAGACCAAUAUCUAGAAAACUAAAUGUUUUGAAAGAUGAUGAAAAUGAUGAUGCUGUUAUUCCACAAGAUUCUGGAAUUAAGACAAAUUCAAUAGAUUUAAAGCAUUUUGAUGAUGAGAUUGAAAUCAUACCUCAAAGGGAAGAUCCUUUACCUUUCAAGCCAUUAAAUUAUGAUCCUUUCACACAUGAAGAGUUGAGAUUAUUGAAAGAAGGAAAUAUGAAUCCAAGAAAAUUUGAUUAUUCAGAUGAAGUUUCCCAAUUAACAAAUGAAGAGAUUUAUCAAGAAUAUCCUUUGAAUUUUGAAACCGAAUCUGAAGAUGAAGGAAACGAUUCUUUCACAAAUCAUUCCAAACAACAACAACCACAUUUUAUGGAGCCUACGUUCAAUUCCAGGGCAAGAUCAAAGAGUAAUGAGAAGAAAGGUGAAGUUUUCGAUGAAGGUUUAUCAAUUGCUGAAUUACAACGUUUGAUUGAUGAGGAGUAA